UCUCCAGCACAGUAGGUGUCGGUAAUGCACCAUUAAUGUUGGAUGCCAACCGCCCCAAAAAAACACCUACGAAGGAAAAAUGAACACGUACGUCAUUCAGCGUCAACUUGGUAACAAGUUGUCACGGAGUGGCCUGUUAGUACUGCAUGUAGCGGUGGCUAUCGUAAUAGAAUAUUUCAAAAUAUAGUUAAUUCAUUCACUAUGCCUCCGAAGAAACCAGCUCAAGCUGCUGCGGGUAGUAAAAAAACGCAAGAAAAGAAGAAGGAAAAGAUAAUUGAGGACAAGACAUUUGGGUUGAAGAACAAAAAGGGUGGAAAACAACAGAAAUUUAUCAAGAAUGUCUCUCAGCAAGUAAAGCAAGUUCCUGGUAGUAAGGCUGCUGCUGAAGGGGACAAGAACAAAAAGGGUGACAAGAAGAAAGAGUUGGAUGAGCUGAACGAGCUUUUCAAGCCAGUGGUGGCUGCUCAGAAAGUCGCUAAAGGAGUGGACCCAAAGUCAGUUCUCUGUGCCUUCUUCAAGCAAGGCCAAUGCACCAAAGGAGACAAGUGCAAGUUCUCCCACGAUUUGACACUUGAGAGGAAGUGUGAAAAACGGAGCCUCUACGUUGACAAGAGAGAUGACGAGCUUGAGAAAGACACCAUGGAUAAUUGGGAUGAGAAGAAGCUGGAGGAGGUUGUGAACCAGAAGCACGGAGAAGCUGAAAAGAAAAAAGCUCAAAGCUCAAAAACUCAAAUUGUUUGCAAGCAUUUCCUUGAUGCCAUUGAAAACAACAAAUAUGGUUGGUUUUGGGUAUGUCCUAGUGGAGCUGACACUUGUAUGUACCGCCAUGCAUUGCCUGCUGGGUUUGUGCUCAAGAAAGACCAGAAGAAGGACGAAAAGGAAGAUGAAAUCUCAAUGGAAGAGUUGAUAGAGAAUGAGCGAUCUGCCCUAGGACCAAAUGUCACCCGAAUAACUCUGGAGACCUUCUUGGCCUGGAAAAAGAGGAAAAGGCAAGAGAAAGUGGCCAAGGCAGAGCAAGACAUGGAGAAAAAGAAGGCUGAUUUCAAAGCUGGCAGGUCCUUUGGGGUUAGCGGCCGUCAAGUAUUUGAGUUCUGUCCUGAUCUGGCUGAUGAUGACGAUGAGGAGGCUGAUGACAUAAAAUAUGUUGAGGACAAUGAUGACGUUGAUGAGGUUGAAUAUGUUCAGGAGUUCCAGGAUGUUGAUCUAGCCAGGUUUGUUCCAAAGGAAGUUGACAGCACUGGAAUAACUGUUGCUGCAGUUGACAGAUUCACAGCCAAAUCAAAGCCAACAAAGGAAACGAAUGAUGACCAGCUGAACGGUGCUUGCGGAGGUGUGGAGGAGAACGGGCACGACGGGGAAGAUGAGACUCUCGACGACAAGGAAGCAGAGCCCGUGCCUGUGGACGAGAACCUUUUCACCGGCGAGGACCUGGACGAACUGGAUGAGGAACUCAACACACUGGACCUGGAUGACUGACAAUGAUGACUUCUAGUAGAACAGUGCCUCUAGGACUAUGAAUAAGAGAUGUCUAAAACAGAUUCACAAUAAAACAUCUUGAUGCUCA